AUGGCGUCCACACCUCAGCUCGUAACGCCAGAGCUCAAUGGCAACAAAAUACACACCCCUCCAUACCAGAAUGGCAACGGUGGCAUGAUGAACGGCGUCCACUGGCCCCCGACGCCUGCCGAGCCUCCUCGCACCCCAGACUUGGACGGCUCACUACGGCCUGCUCCAAGAAGUAGAUCAUCCUCGAUUCCGUCUUCAACAUCCUCGCCGGAACCGGACCGUAAUUCCUUCUUCACUGACAAGAAGGGCCGUGCCAGGUCCAUGCCUGUCCGGACAGAGGGCCCUCACGAGCAGAAUAGCGGUCCUCACACACGAGCUCGGGCCAAGAUCCGGUCCUAUGUGGAUGAUACACGAGCAAAACAGUUCCCGCGCCUGUCCAAGCCCGUCGAGCUGAUGCGGAGCUCCUACGAUACUGUCGUCAUCGGCUCCGGCUACGGCGGCGCUGUUGCUGCCUCCCGCAUGGCGCGCGCCGGCCAGUCGGUGUGCCUGCUCGAGCUGGGCAAGGAACGCUGGCCCGGUGAAUAUCCUACCGGCAUGCGCGAGUCCGCAGGCGAGCUGCACUGCUCGGGCGAUUUUGCACCGGGGUUCCUGCACGGCAUCGAUGUCAACGCCGGCGACCCCACAGGCAUGUACCAUCUCAUCUUUGGCAAGGGCCAGAACGCGAUUGUGUGCAACGGCCUCGGCGGUACGAGCUUGAUGAACGCAAACGUAUUCUUGCGGGCCGAUGAAGACACCAUGGCGAUGAAGUUUUGGCCCCCGGAACUGAGGCAAAGGGGUGCAUUGGACGAGUGGUACGACAAGGUCGAAGAUGUGCUUGAGCCAGAGAAGUACCCCGAGGACUGGCCCAGGCUGCCGAAGCUGGAGCUGCUCAAGAAACAGGCAGAGUACCUCAACAUGACCGACAAGUUCGACCGCGUAAAGCAAACUACGCGCUUCAGAAACGGCCCCAACCGCUGCGGCGUCGAGAUGUCGGCCUCUGCGCUCACAGGGCAAGAUGCCACUGGUGUCAACGACGGAUCCAAGACCACUACCCUGGUAACGUAUCUCUCUGACGCCUGGAACUGGGGCUCUGAGAUGUUCUGCGAGUGUGAGGUGCGCUAUAUCGAAAAGGUCCAGGACAGGCGUGGCGGCUACAACAUCUACUUUGCUUGGCACGGACGGAAUCGGGGUCACUUCAAGGCUAACCUCCACGGUGACCUCCUCUGGGUGCAUGCGAAGAGGGCCGUCUUCCUCGGUGCCGGCGCUAUAGGCAGCACAGAGAUCUUGCUCAGGAGCAAGGCCAUGGGCAUGCCUAUGAGCGACCAGGUCGGCCAGAACAUGAGCGGCAACGGCGAUAUCCUAGCUUUCGGAUACAACACGGAUGAGGAAGUCAACGGCAUCGGCCGUGCGUUCCCCAACCCCUACAAGCCAAUUGGUCCCACCAUCACAGGUAUCAUUGACAAUAGGCGCGGCCAUGCCAAUCCUCUCGAUGGCUAUGUUAUUGAGGAGGGCGCCGUACCCCAGGCCCUGGCACGGCUGCUCCAGACAAUGCUGGACUUCAUGCCUGGCGCCCAGGGACCCAAGAAUGACACAGUCAUUGAGCGGACACAGGCUUGCCUAGCCCGCUGGGGUAGCCGAUUGCUCGGGCCUUACUUCAAGAAGGGCGCGAUCGAGAGAACACAGGUCUACUUGAUCAUGUCGCACGACAAGCUGAUUCAGAAUCCCCAAUUCACAGGCAACCAGGCAGUGUUGACCCUCGAGGAUGACAAGCCCAGGCUCGAGUUCCUUGGGGUGGGCAGGAGUGACCACGUCAAGAAGCUGAACGAGAUCCUGGCAAAGGCCACAGAGGCUGUCGGCGGAACCUUGGUCAACAACCCCUUCUUCGCGCUGAUGGGACAGCAGGUGACUGUACACCCUAUUGGUGGCGCGUGCAUGGCUCGAGACAACUCCGGUAAGACAGGUGUGACGGACCACGUCGGCCGAGUCUUCACCGGUAAUCACGAAGAGGUUUACGACGGGCUUAUCGUUACCGAUGGCGCAGUGAUCCCUGCCGCCCUGGGUGCGAAUCCCUUCGCGACCAUCACCGCCCUCGCCGAGCGCUCUGUGGCGGCGUUCGCGAAGCAGCAGAAGCUGGACGUCAGCGAGGAGAAGAACGGCAUCCUCGAUUUGUUUAGCGAGCCUGCUCACCACCCCUACUACACCAAGUCCGACGAUGAGACCGAGUACGAUGAAGUCCAGCUGGACGCCGAGCUCAACAGCCUUGACAUGACCAUCUCCGACAUGGAGAAGGCUCGUGCCAUCAAGGCUGGUGGCUUUGGCUUCACUGAGGUCAUGUCUGGCUUCAUCCACAAGGACUCCAACAUGAAAGAUGACCACAGGGCAACAUAUGAGCUUGCGUACCGGACGGCCAAGAGCCGCUGCGAGAGUGCAAGGUUCUUCCUGAGCGUCCAGUCCUUCAACACCAGGCACAUUGUCAAUGACCCCGACCACAAGGGCUUGCUGACGGGCACCUUUGUCUGCCCUACCAUACCGGGCUCACCGUUCAUGGUGCAGAGGGGCCAGUUUGGGCUCUUUAUCAUGGACACCAAGGCUCCCGGCACAAGGAAUCUGACAUACGACUUUGACAUGCGCGGCACCAACGGCAGAGUGCUGCAUUUCCACGGUUACAAGGUGGUCGACUCGUCUGUCGCACUUGCACCUCUGGCGUUCUGGCGGUCGACCAGUACCCUCUAUGUCACUGUCACAGAGAAGCUGCCGACGCCUCUCUUCAAUCCGAACGCGGAGGAGCCCUGGCGCCACGGCAAGGUGCUUGCCAAGGGAAUGAUGCACAUCACUCCGACAGACUUCAUGUCCGAGAUCAUGACGCUCACUCCCACGGGCAGUGGUCUUUUGAAGAAGGUCGCUAGUGCCGCCAACUUCAUGACCUACUUCACCCGCAAGUCCAUGUCGCUGUUCCUUGCGCCUCUUACCCCUCUGCAGUACCCGUCUCAGACAUACAAUGGCUUUAUCAACAACACACCUCCCAGCAAGUCCUACAAUAUAGUCGCCAGGGACAAUGUGGUCACCCGGCUGCACAUGUGGGAGCCCACGUACCGCCCUCUGGACGAGAACGGCGCUCCAGUCGAGGUCAAGAACCUGUUCAUGAUCCCCGGCGCGUCCGUCGACCACCAGAUCUACGCCCUCCCUACCAUCCCCUUCAACGCCGUCAACUAUUUCUGCCGCGCCGGGUAUCGGGUCUUCAUAACGGUCCAUAGGAUCGGCCAGCUCGUUAUUGCCGAAAACAACUGGACCACCUAUGACGCCCGUCUUGACCUCCGCGCCUCGCUCGAGUACAUUCGGGAGAACUUCUACCCGAAGGAUAAUAUCGGCAAGAUCUACACUAUUGCCCACUGCAUGGGCUCCGUCGCCUUCAGCACGGGCCUGCUCGACGGCACGAUCCCGGCGGACUGGAUCCUGGGCGUGACCUGCAGCCAGGUGUUUAUGAACCCGAUCUGGAACGUCAUGAACAUGAUCAAGGUCAUGGCGGGGCCCAUCCCGGCCGACCGUCUGUACAAGAUGCUGGCGGGCAGCUGGUUCAGCUGCAGCACGUCGACCGACGACUCGUUCGUGCAGCGCUGCCUCAACCAGGUGCUGCGCUUCUACCCGGACGAGCGGCGCGAGAUCUGCAACAGCGCCGCCUGCCACCGCAUCUCGCUCGUCUUUGCGCGCUGCUGGAACCACCGCAACCUCAACGAGGCGACGCACCGCCAGAUCGACCGCUUCUUUGGCGGCGUCAACAUGCGCCUGCUACACCUGCUCAUGAAGCAGGGCGGCGAGGGCCACGUCAUGGCCAACGGGCCCCUGUUCGAGCAGCUCGACACGCCGCAGAACAUCGAGCGGCUGCGCGGCGUGCCCUUCAUGCUCUUCGUCGGCCGCGACAACGCCGUCCUGGCGCCCGAGUCGACGGAGCGCACGUACGAGAUCCUCUGCGACAUGUUUGGCACGAGCAGCACCGGCGACGCGGGAGACAUCCAGUUCCGCCGCCGCGUGGUGCCCGGCUACGGCCACCUCGACUGCUGGAUGGGCCGCAACGCGUGGAAGGACGUGUACCCGUUCGUGCUCGAGGAGGUGGACCGCGUGGCCCGCGGCGAGAACUACAAGUUCCGCGAGCCGGACGCCAGGCACUGCAAGUUCACCAAGAUGAUUGAGAGCGGCGACUUGCUAUACUGA